AUGUCACAAAACGGAGGAGAUAAUUCAACUGAAGAGGGGCAACAACCAGGCAUUUCAAAGUUCCAAAUGCAAGCAUUGGUGAGCGAGAUGAGGCGGGUGAUGAGAAUGGAGAUGGAGCAAAUUCAUGAAAGGAUAGACAAAUUGGAAGAGGAGACAACAAAGAGGCAGCCCCCGCCUAGGCGAGUGCAACCAAGGGCACAAUGCGGUGAUGCUGUAGAUGAAGAAGAAUUAGAGGAACUCGAUGAACGUCCAAUGAACGGAGGAAGGUUUGAACGUGGGUAUAGAGGUGCUAACAAUGGAAGAAGGCCUAGGCAAGAUGACGAUUUGGGAAGCAUCAAGGUGACGAUUCCGCCAUUUCAAGGCCGAAACGACCCGGAGGCUUAUCUAGAAUGGGAGAAGAAGAUAGAAAUGGUCUUCGAAUGUCAUAACUACUCCGAAAACAAAAAGGAAAGGAGGAGAAAUUACGAGCAACCUGUUGAAACAUGGGAUGAGAUGAAGGCCAUCAUGAGGAAACGUUUCAUUCCAAACUACUACCAUAGAGAGUUGUUCAACAAGUUACAACGCCUAACUCAAGGAUCGAGGAGCGUCGAUGAGUACCACAAAGAGAUGGAAGUUGCUAUGAUCCGAGCAAGUGUACAAGAAGAUAGGGAAGCUACCAUGGCUAGAUUCUUACAUGGCUUAAAUCGUGAAAUAGCAGAUGUUGUGGAGAUGCAACACUAUGUGGAAUUGACGGAUAUGGUGCACCAAGCUAUCAAAGUCGAACAACAACUGAAGCGGAGGAAUUUGGCUAGGAAGGGAACAGGUGCAAUCACCUCAAAUUCGUGGAAGGCAGCACCUAAACGGGAUGAAUGGCCAUCAACCAAACCUAAAUUCGAACCUUCUAAGGAUGCCAAACCAGCGACAACAUUCAAACAAGGUAACACUGAACCCUCCACUUCUAAGAAUCGAGAUAUGAAAUGUUUCAAGUGCCAUGGCAGGGGAAACAUAGCUAGUGAGUGUCCUAACAAAAAGGUUAUGGUGAUAAAUGCCCAAGGGGAGAUCGAAUCGGAGGAUGAAAAGGAAGACGAGGUAGAUGAGCUGCCAUCUUUUGGAGAUACAUACGAAGGGCAAUAUGCUGCAGAGGGUGAGUUAUUAGUGGCAAGGCGAGCUCUUAGUGCACAAGGUAAAGAAGAAGAGAACAAUCAACGAGAAAACUUAUUUCAUACUCGUUGUUUUGUAAAUGGUAAGGUUUGCAGCGUUAUUAUUGAUGGUGGGAGCUGCACUAAUGUUGCAAGUACUGAAUUAGUUGAGAAAUUGGGUUUGCCUACCUUGAGGCAUGCUCGACCAUACCGACUUCAGUGGCUAAACAAUAGUGGAGAAAUCAAGGUGACAAAGCAAGUGUUAGUGGCAUUCUCCAUUGGCAAGUAUGAGGAUGAAGUGUUGUGCGAUGUGGUGCCUAUGCAAGCAUGCCAUGUCCUAUUGGGGAGACCAUGGCAGUACGACCGUCGAGCAACACAUGACGGGUACACCAAUAGGUACUCUUUCAUCAUUAAAAAGCAACCCAUGACACUUGUACCGUUAAGUCCCAAGCAAGAAUUUGAAGAUGUCUUUCCCGAGGAGGUACCACCAGGCUUACCACCAAUUCGAGGAAUUGAGCACCAAAUUGACUUCGUACCAGGUGCAACAAUUCCAAACCGACCAGCCUAUCGAAGUAGUCCCGAGGAGACAAAGGAACUUCAACGGCAGGUUGAUGAGCUACUCGAGAAAGGACAUGUUAGGGAGAGUAUGAGCCCUUGUGCAGUUCCGGUGUUGCUAGUACCUAAGAAGGAUGGGACAUGGAGGAUGUGUGUUGAUUGUCGAGCCAUCAACAAUAUCACGGUAAAGUAUCGUCAUCCUAUUCCUAGACUAGAUGAUAUGUUAGAUGAAUUGCAUGGGUCUUGCGUGUUCUCUAAAAUUGAUCUUAAGAGUGGUUAUCAUCAAAUUAGAAUGAAAGAAGGUGAUGAGUGGAAACUGCAUUUAAACAAAUCUAGGUAG